AUGGCCUCAAGCCUCAAAGCCUCAGAUGAGUUGGUCCACGUUGUCCGGGCAUCACAUAUCCUAUCGCUCCUGAAUCCCUACAUCAUUACCGCACCAGACGAGCCUUUGCAACCCAACCAGGAAGUCAAUGAUGAUGACAAAGCGGACUUUGACGACGACUCAGACCAAGAUCCCACAAGCAUAGAUGCUGAGCCCUGGACAACUAACAACGAAGUGCUCCGACGGAAGUUCCUCGAUUGCAUCUGUGAACUUCUUGCACACACCAAAAGCCGUGACGUAAUUUGGAGGGAGGAGGAUCUCCCUUCGACCAAUCUUUCCCUGUAUCUUUUUUGUUUCUCUCUGCCAGGGCCUAGGUCGAACCCUGCCUGA